CUCCUUGCUGAUGGUCGGGGUGGUCAUUCCCAAUACGCCGAUCGCCCUCGACUGCUGGCGACCUCCACCAGCCAUCAAGAUCUUCUUCCUGUCACAUCUCCAUGCAGACCACACGCAGGGCCUCUCGCCGUCGUGGCGGCAAGGGACCAUCUACUGCUCGCCAGUGACAAGGCUGCUGCUGCUGCACAAGUUUGGCGUCGACGCGUCGCUGGUCGAGACGCUCGAGCUGGACGAGCCCACGGUGGUCCCGCUCGACCCGGAGGGCGCCGAGACAAUGACGGUGACUGCGUUCGAUGCAAACCACUGCCCAGGCGCAGUCAUGUUCUUGCUGGAGGGCUACUUUGGCAACGUCCUGUACACUGGCGACUUUCGCUUCUGCCCGGCGCUCAUCCACCCGGAAGACUCGCUGCUGGGCGCAAGGCUCGCUGGCGGUGCGCACGGCGGACGCCGCCUCAAUGUCGAUGUCUUGUAUCUGGACAACACGUACUGCGACCCGAAGUUCGCCUUUCCGACGCGCGAGGCCGGCGUCGACGCCGUCGUUGACAUCAUUGAGCAGCAUCCCGACCACCGCGUCAUGAUUGGCAUUGACACACUUGGCAAGGAGGAGCUGCUCGAGGCGGUGGCACUGCGCCUCCAGACCUGGAUUGUCGUCUCGCAGAGCCGGCUGAACGCGCUGCAGCUCAUCGGUGCGCGCGACGUGUUUACGAGCAACCCGACAGACAGCCGCAUCUGGGUGGUUGGCAAGCGCGAGGUUACCGCGGAGCGGUUGUUUGCAUGGAACCGUGAAUACCCGACGAUUGCCAUUCUGCCUUCUGGCCAGUGCCAAAACCCGCUGUACAACGGCACGGGUCGCCUCGGAGCUGCUGGCCAGAAUCUCGAUCGUGGCAGUGGUGGCGCUGUCCAAACCCCAUCUGCGCAAUUGCCGGUACGUGCUUCUGAUGCCAACUUUGAAGAGCGUAUGCACUGGAGGGUGCCGGGCGCUGCUGUCGACAGCACAGGCGGCGGCAGCGGCGCGGAAGCAGGCGCGGAGCACGAUAGCGAACGCCGCCUGCGCGACUACCAGCGGCAAGAGUUUGUCCAGUCGCACCUGUUCACCGUGGCCUAUUCACUGCACUCGUCCUUUGCUGAAAUGGCCGCGUUCGUCCGGGCUGUCAAACCGCGGGAUAUUCUGCCCAUCGUCCCCGAGCUGUAUGCGGAUUUGCGGCAGCACUUUGGAGGGUUGCUUCGGCGUAUUGACCCCGCGGUCGGCGCGCAACCGCGGACUGUUGUGCCUGCCUCGGUUGUUGCAUUCAUGUCGAGCGUGUGCAUCGGUCAUCGCGGUCGCCAACAAGAGAUUCUGCCCGGCGAUCGACACCCCACGUCUCUCCUGUUCGAUUUACCUGCGCAAGCACUGGCGAUGGCUGGAUUGAGCUCUGGUGUAUCUGCUGUACAAUCGGGAGAAGAGAAUUCCAGUGCUGUACCCGCCAUUCCGCGGAUUCCUGGGCGUCGGCUCCAUCGUCGAGGAUUUGCCCCAGGCCGUCUCUUCUCCGAUCGACCCUUGCCAGUAUCACCGCGCAAGACUGCUACUUUGCGGUCGCUCGAAGCACCAGUCAUUAGUUUGUUGGACGACGUCGUGUCGCAGUCUCUUUGUGGCAGUGUUUCUCCGUUGAAACGACGAAGGGUACCGGCGCCAAGACCGGCCUCCUCCGCCGAUGUGAUUGCCGUGGAUGCGAGUUUGGAAGAAGUAUCAAGCACCGUUUUACGUGACCGAGCGACUGACAGCAACAGAGACAAUGGCAGGGAUGUGACUGAGGUCGCCUCGAAGCCAAAGAUGCGCUUGGAUGACCCCGAAGCUGCACAGUUGCAUUCUAUUCUUGCUGGUCUGGCAUCGCAGAACACGAACGUAUUUUCUCGUCGUGCCCAAGCCGACUCUUCUUGUCUUGCGACAGCGCGCAGCUCUCGCACCCACAAACCGCUUGCGGCAAGCGCGACGAGCAGGCCUUGUCAUGUUCAUCCCUAUCCGGUUCUAGCACGCUCGACCCAUUGCGAGGACGUUGUGCUGGAAGUCGACGACGACGACAACAGCAACGACAGCAACGACAGCAACACCACCACCCAUCGGCCCCUUUCACCACUCCCAGACGAGCCGGAUGAGAGCUGCGAGCUGCUCGAUUUGCUGCAUUUGCUCCAGCAACAGGCCUCCGUUGUUGAACUUUCGUGACUCAGAACCCACGACCGAAAACACUCCACCCCAAUCGUUUCGUUAGCAACUUUUGUUAAUUCACCAUGUACAGUACUGUAUUUUUUCUAAAUUGUCACGAUCAU